GGCUAGAUCAAGAGCGCGCGGCUAAGGGUAAUAGCUUGGCGUGCCGCACCCCGAAAAGCCCAAGCUGUCAAGGAUGCGGCUUACAUAAUCACACCGCCGUUGCUGGGUUGGACCGCAAGCAGCCAACGAAUGGUAAGCGCUGAAAGCAGGUGCACAACAACACCGCGACACACCUGAGAAGAAGCCGCCGUUCUCCUCAAAGUGUAGCAAUCAAUCUUCCUCGAGUGCGCUCCGAUAAUAGCCACUACUAUUGCUGAAUAUAAUAUCCGAAAAGCCACUGAAUAGUGUUGCGUCCGUCGUCGUACCUCUUGUUCGGCAUCACUCGUUCCUCCGUUCGUUAUUGCCUCACAGGUACCAACCGUCGCCAAACAAACCCGUCGAUGUCACCGACCGAUGCCACCCUUCCCACUAUUCAACACUACAAGCUAACGACCCUUUCGUCGAACCCGAUUACGUCUUUGUCAAAACGGUAGCUCAGGCGCAGCUACAUUUCACUCCGGUAGCUUUGUCCUGGGACUUCGGCGUCCCUCGAACAACCUCCGCCAAUACUACGACCCUCCAAGUAUUAUUACUUGACGACUCCCAUGGCCACAUAGAAGAGACAUAUAGAUACUAUCCUGAGCUUCUUGCACAGCGCCGGCAUGGCGCCUUCGAAUACCUGCGUCACGAACCAACUCAGGCAAUUAAUACACUACCACAUCGAUAACAACCUCCUCAAGAACGCCCUAUUCCUCGCCGAACGACUGGUUGCGUUCGACCACAGAUCCUCUGAAUCACAAUACCUCCUGGCAUUAUGUCACUUCCGACUCGGCGACACCAAGUCAGCGUACGAGUACAGUAAAGCUGGCGGGUCGAGAGGAACACACUUAGGGUGUGCGUAUGUUUUCGCCCAGUCUUCGCUGUCGCUGGAACGUCACAAGGAUGGCAUAGUAGCUUUGGAGAAGAGCCGGGGGCUAUGGGGCGGAAGGAAUAGCUUCGGAAAACAUAAUCAAUAUUCACGGAACCCGUUACCUGACGCGGCGGCUGUGAACUGCCUUCUGGGCAAACUAUACCACGGAUAUGGCGACAAGAAGAAGGCUAUUAAUUACUUGGAGGAGGCCCUCAAACUGAACCCGUUCAUGUGGGAUGCGUUUACAAUUCUUUGCGAUAUGGGAGCAACUGUUCUGGUGCCAAAUAUUUUCAAGAUGAGCCCAGAGAUGGAGGCUGUGAUCCGGAGUGGCGCACAGCAGCCGGAGAACUUAGUGUCGUCACAAGCAAGUGUCAGUCAAGGGCUCAGCGGCGGAUUGUUCAGCGAUUCGACGCAAACCAAACCUCCGGCGCGGUCGGCGCCAAUAGCAACAGACAUGGCAGAUCCUUUUAAUACCGCGCAGCCUCGAAGCUAUGGGGGAGGUUUAUUUGGCUUGUCACAAAAGGUCAAUGAGAGCAGUAUGAACAUCUCUCAUUUACCCACAGCUGGUGGAGGGGGACUCGGGCCAGAUACGAUGGAAACACCAACUGGGCCCACCUCGCAAAUGGAUGUGAGUGUUGUACCCAUGGGAAGAGAGCCAGGUGUUGUCUCAGCGUUUCCUGUCGAGCCUCCGCAAGCCCCAGUACGGAGGAGUCGCCAGCAGGUUGGUGAUUACGGUAUGGAGGCACCGCCAAAGAUGAACCGUGGUGGGGUCCCAGUCAAGCGAUCACAGAAAGUUGAUACGCAAAGAGAUGCUCCUUUAGAAGGGUCCUUACAAAGCUCGUUACGGCCACCGGGCUUACCUUUGUUGGUCCCUGAAAGGAAACGAACUGUUUCUGGACAAGUUGUUCAGCCACGGCAGACUCAACCAGAAGAUCCUGGUGCGCCACAACGGAGAAGCGUCAGGCUUUUCAAUCAGAUAAGGCCCGUCAGCAGCAAGUCCACGGCAGCCUCCGCAUCCACGGGAACUGGAAACCAACCGCGAGAGUUGAAGAAAGCGAGGCCGCCAAUAUCGAGGAUGAUGAGGCCCGGGUCGAGUGCAUCUACGGUUGGCCGUGUCGUCAGUGGGAACAGGAAGCCAAUGGAAGAAAUGGACAUUGAUCAAAAAGAGUACCCUCCUCGGCGAGCACACCAUGCAAAUAGCGCACCAGCUGCCCCUGAGAAAUCGUUGGAAAACGAAGCAGCAAGGCAAGAAGAAGCGUUAAGAUGGUUACUUGAGCUAUUCAGAAAGUUGGGCACUGGAUACUUCGCUCUAUCACGGUAUGAGUGCAUGGAAGCGUUGCAAGUAUACAGUUCACUGCCACGCGCGCAACAGGACACACCUUGGGUCUUGACGCAAAUGGGCAAGGCAUAUUACGAGCAGGCUGCUUACGCCGAUGCCGAAACUUAUUACAAGAAGAUACGGACAAUGGCACCCACGAGGUUUGAGGAUAUGGAAGUCUACUCAACCAUCCUGUGGCAUCUCAAGAAAGAGACAGACUUGUCUUUCCUCGCACACGAGUUGAUCGAUGCCGACUGGCACUCUCCGUACGCUUGGUGUGCUUUGGGCAAUGCCUGGUCUUUGGCACGAGAGCACGAACAAGCUUUGCGAUGCUUCAAGCGCGCGACGCAGCUGAAUCCCAAGUUUGCUUAUGCUUUCACAUUGCAAGGGCACGAGCAUGUGGCCAAUGAGGAGUACGACAAGGCACUCGCGGCGUACCGACAUGGAAUGGCAGCUGACAAGCGCCACUACAACGCCUAUUACGGUGUCGGUCGUGUUUAUGAGAAGCAGGGAAGCUACGAUAAGGCGUUCACCCACUACACCGCCGCAUCUAUCAUCAACCCCACCAAUGCUGUGCUGAUCGGCUGCAUCGGCACAGUUCUGGAGAAACAGAAAGAGCCAAGGCGCGCACUGGGUUUCUUCACCAAAGCCACGGAGCUGGCGCCGAGGAACACGCUCAUGCGGUUCAAGAAAGCGCGUGCACUGAUGGCUAUUGGGGAGAUGCAAGUUGCGCUCCAAGAACUGAUGGUUCUCAAGGAUAUGGCGCCGGAUGAAGCAAUGGUUCACUUCCUGCUCGGGAGACUGUACAAGGGAAUGAGAGAGAAGGGACUUGCCGUGAGGCACUUCACGAUUGCGCUGAACUUGGAUCCAAAGGCGAGCCAGCAGAUCAAGAGCGCAAUCGAGAGUCUGGAGGGUGAUGACGACGACGACGAACUGUCGAUGAUGGCGUAGCACGCCGUCCUAUCUUGAGGACACGGUGCUGAAUUAAUGCGAAACGAGGAAUGGCGGCGGGGCGUUUGUUCCACACUUUUUUUGCUGCCCACGCCCACCACGGCUCCCACUCCGCCACACAAGCUGAGCAGAGACGAGGGCGCCCGGGAGUUUAUUUUUGGGGGGAGGGAGGCACUACUAUUACGAAAGGAUACCUUAUCAUUAGCUUGCAUUUGGGAGGUGCUGGCUCGCGGGAUAAUUGCAUUGCUGUGCCCCUUGCACUUUCACAUCAUUACAUAACGAGAGAAGUGAAUAUUGCGCAGGCGGCGGCGGUGGGUUGCAUUGGAGCUUUUUAUUUUUCUGAACUACGAUGGCUGGUUCAUAGCAUGGAUAGGGAGGCGGGGGGGAGGGUAUAUGGAUACGGAUAUGAGUGAG